AUGCUGCCACGCCUCCAGCAUCUUUCUCUCGCCUUCCUCUCCUUGACAUCAGGAGUUCAAUGCAAGGCCAAAGCCCAUGAAGCCCUCUCCACCAUCUCCGUCAGAAACAUCGAAGACAUCCGCGGCCACAUCCAUCUCCCCGCCACUUCCAACGGCCACCCCGUAUCAUGGCGAAGUAGUGACCCUGAUGUGCUCGGCAAAGAUGGUCUAGUCAAGCGUCAAGACAGCGAUACAGAUGUUCUCCUCGUUGCGACAAUUGAGCAGGACGGCGAAUUGCACGAGCGCGAGUUCAACGCCUCGGUUCGUCAGGCAGUCCAGGCUGAGCCUUUUGAGGCUUAUGCCUUUUCCUACUUCACGGGCAACUCGAAACAGGGCGAGAACAUCUUCUUUGCUGCCAGCAACGGCAACAACGCCCUGGAUUGGCAGGAGCUUAACGGUGGUCAGCCUGUGCUGACUUCUAAUCUCGGUACCAAGGGUCUGCGCGAUCCUUUCAUCAUCCGAUCUCCCGAGGGCGAUACAUUCUUCCUGAUUGCUACGGAUCUGUCUAUUGGCAGUGGAACGUCUUGGGGCGACGCUGUCAGAAAGGGCAGCUUGUACCUUGAGAUCUGGGAGUCGCACGAUCUUGUUACGUGGUCUGAGCAGCGACAUGUCAAGGUGUCACCCAACAACGCUGGAAAUACCUGGGCUCCCGAGGCGUUCUGGGACUCAGAGAAGAACUCGUAUGUUGUUUUCUGGGCAUCGUCACUAUACAACACAGACGACCACUCAGACAACUCCUACCAUCGCAUGCUUUACUCUCUCACCCGCGACUUCGUCACCUUCUCCGAGCCUGAGAUCUGGCAAGAUUCGAAAACUUCUCGUAUCGACACCACUGUCUUGAAAUCUGGUAACAACUUCUACCGAUUCACCAAGGACGAAGGAUCCGCAAGUGGAUGCACCGAUAUCAUCCAGGAGAAGUCAGCGUCUUUGCUUGCCGGUGUAGACGACUGGACCGUUCAGGCAACAUGCAUCGGAGCCAACGCUGGUGCCAAGGCUGUGGAGGGUCCUACAGCAUUCAAGUCCAACCCUGACGAUGCGCAAGGCGAGAAAUUUUAUCUCUUUGUUGAUGAGUACGGUGGUCGCGGUUAUGUUCCUCUUGAGACUGCUGAUCUCGACAAGCCUGCCUGGAAGGUCUCUGCUAAGUACAAGCUUCCUACGAGUCCUCGACAUGGAACUGUUAUUCCUAUCACUGCUAAGGAGCAUGAGAAGCUUCUGAGUGCGUAUGGUGCAUGA